AUGCGUGUUUACCGUUUUGGGCGCUCACCGCAUUCGACGGUAUCUUUGGUCAGUCUGUUGGCUCCGACAGAGUGUCGGCAGCUCACUAAAAAUUCGUGUGUUUUAAAAGACGCGUUCGAUACAGCCAUGCUCCCUCACGAAAUUGGCGUUGCCAACAUAACUGGUCGGUAG